AUGGUUGCUUCUCGCGAAACACGCAGCGAGUCGGAAGCAUUUUUGCGCGGCUCGGAUGCAAACGUGGGGAGGCUCGGCACCUCACGGGAGCGUGAGACUGACGCCUAUUUUGGCGACAGAGGUAUUGUGAACACCAGGGAGGAGGGGGAACACGCGUAUGCGGACGUGCAGACCACACAUAUGAAGACGGUGAGGGCGACGACUUCUACUCCGGCGCGGCAUCUUCUGUCGCGCCCUUCAACGCAGGACAAGAUUGCAGCAUAUAUUGCAGCUGCAAAGAAGAUGAUGGUUGCCUGUCGUGCGGAAAAGACGAAUGUCAACCCCGAGAAGAAGCCAGCGAAAAAGAUAAGCCAAGCAAAGAAGAAGAUGUCGAAACCCACGCUCACGUCCAGAGCAAUAGAGUCCAAGGAGGCCUGUGAACUCCGUUAG